AUGCUUCGAACGUGUAGUAGAGCGGCUUUGCCGCGCGGGUCUGUGCAAGCGGGCACUUCCUAUAGCUUAUCCUCUUCAACCCCUCGUCGGACCGUGACCACGACGACGGUGGAGAACCACAGCAACGAGAAUAACGAUGACCUACCUCUAUCCGGAAUCCGAGUUCUUGAAAUGGGUCAACUGAUAGCUGGGCCUUUUGCGGGACAACUCCUCGGCCAAUUCGGAGCAGAAGUGAUCAAAGUUGAACCGCCCAAGACAGGUGACCCUCUCCGCGUCUGGCGUGAACUGGACGUGGACGGGACAAGCCCUUGGUUCAGAAGUAUCGGCAGAAAUAAGAAGAGCGUGACCAUUGACUUGCGUCAACUGGAGGGACGAGAGCUGGUGAGGAAGUUGGCGACCAAGUGUGACGUGCUGUUGGAGAAUUUCAAGCCUGGGACACUGGAGAAGUGGAAAUUGGGACCAGCCGAUUUGCAUCCGUAUAAUCCAUCGCUCAUCUUCACAAGAGUGAGUGGGUACGGCCAGACGGGCCCGUGGGCACCAAGACCCGGAUAUGCUUCCGUUUGUGAAGCAGAAUCUGGGUUCCGGUAUAUCAACGGAUUUGUGGAUCCAGAGACGGAGGGUUUGUCCGGCCCACCUGUCCGACCUAACAUCAGUCUGGGCGACUCGGUCGCUGGUCUACACGCUGCGUUCGGAACGGCAAGUAUAGUGCUAGCGCUUUUAAAGAGGCAACGCGCACAAUCGCAAGGCUCGGGUUUGGAGAAGGGUGUUACAGUGGACGUGAGCAUUGUCGAAAGUAUGUUGAAUUUGAUGGAAGGCGUUAUACCAGAGUAUGAUCGGAUGAAGAAGACACGAGGACCGUCAGGGUCGUCUGUGACAGGCAUCGUACCGACCAACGCGUAUCCGUGUCUCCCUGACCCCGGCGAAACUCCCAGCGAUAAUCCAAGUUCGUCGUCCUCGGCGUACGUCGUGAUAGGCGGGAACGGGGAUUCGAUCUACAAGCGCCUGAUGAACGCGAUUGGCCGGGAGGACUUGACGGGCUACAAGUACGAGCAGAACAUCCAGCGUGUAGCGCGGAAGGACGAGAUCGAGGACGCUAUCGUGGCGUGGACGUCGACGCGGACGGUGUCGGAGGUGGUGGAGCAUAUGAAUAAGGCGGGCGUGCCUGUGGGUAGGGUGGCGAGUGUGAAGGAGGUGGUGGGGAAUGAGCAGUUGGUGGCGAGGGGUGCGGUGCGGGAUGUGUGGGUUGAUUCUCCGGGUGGUGGGCAGGAGGGGUGGAAUGUGAAGAUGCCCGGGACUUUUCCUGUGUUGGAUGGGGUGGAUUCUCGGCCUAAAUGGGCGGGACCUAACCUUGGGCAGCAUACGGAAGAAGUCUUGAAGGAGUAUGUUGGGUUGACUCAACAGGAGAUUAAUCGCCUGCGGAAGGAAGGAAUCGUGGGCUAG